UGCUCAGUGCGGCGUUAAACAACUUCCUUGAUAAGGAAACGAGCACCCGUACCCACACAUCGCAGACAAGACUGAAGAUAAAGUCAUCAUUUAUGCACAGCCUACACUAUCAUGGCUUUGACUGCAUCGCCUCUUAAAGUUUAACAUAAUUCAUUAUAGCAUCGUCGCUGUGUAUGCGUGAGUAACCGGUGCUGUGGUUGUCGUGGGACUCACGGGGAAGAAACAUGGCGCGCUGGAGGCUACUCUGUCUGGUGGCGCUGGUGGGGUGUUGGAUGUUCAUGGCAACAGCUGACGCUGGGAGGGAGAACGCUGGGGUGGCAUCCAAAUCCAGCAACACCCGCUCAAGCGACACCCACUCCACCAACACCCGGACCAAAACUAAGGGGAAGCGGAAGAAGAUCAGGAUGAAAGUCAAGACCCGGAAAGAAUUUCGAAAUGAACACGAUCGUGAUGAGGAUGAGGAUGACACUGACGAUGAACCCAGACGCUUCAAGGGAACCUACGGCUUGACCGCGGCUACAUGGGAGGCAGCAUUCAUGCGCGGCGACGUGUACAACGGCGUGGCCUACUUCGACACCAUCCGCUACAACAAUACCCCAGAUUCAAUGCCCACCAUCUGCCAGAACACCGACCUCUACGACAACUCCAACUCCAACCUGAACGUCAGCACGGAGGAGUCUGACAACACCACGACACAAUCAACACCGCCGGGCUUGUUUUACUGUCCUGGGGACGGCGACAAUGACGACAAAGAUUUCUGCUGUGGUGACGAGAGAACGGAGUACUGCUGUGCCGGGCCUGUGGAGAGUGAGGCUGACCCGGUCUUGAUCGGCGCGUUGAUUGGGGGAGUCUUCCUCAUCGCGGGGAUUGCUAUAUUCUUCCUGUGGAGGAAGAAACGACAAGAUCAGCAAAAACUCGAGGAGAAGAAAGUUCCGCCGGAGGAGAAGUCAGCACAACCCAUGCUUCCUCCCCAAACAGCAGCCCCUCAACAACCCGGAGACCCAGUUCAGUCUGCAGCGGCUGGGGCACCGAUGCUGCCUCCCCAGGGCGAAACUCCUCAACAACCUGGGUACCCACCCCCUCAGCAACCUGGGUACCCACCCCCUCAGCAACCUGGGUACCCACCCCCAGGUGCCGUGUACCCCCCUCCAGGCCAGCAACCAACCUACCCAUACCCUACCCCCGGCCAACAGCCACCAAGUGUCGCCUACCCCCCUCAACCACCCCCGGGCCAGCAAGGCUACCCCCCUCAACCAGCACCGGGCCAGCAAGGCUACCUUCCUCAACCACCCCCGGGCCAGGCAGCCCCAGCAGACACUUGUCCCCCUGCGGCUGACGGCAUCCCAUCGGCAGACCCACCCCCUCUACAACAACCGCCCACCGUUGCCUACCCCCAACCACAAGCACCCCAGGGCGUUCAGACAACCGCAAGCGUGCCGCCAGAGUCGUCGGACCCACCACCUCAGGCGGUGUAAGUCGCCAUCAGCUGGGAGGACACUAAUCUUGGAGGCAGAAAACAACGCCAGUACUCUUGGGUAUCAACUGUGGCGAAUCAUGGGACAUGAUCCUGGUCCCGUCUUCCCAUUUUUUAAGGCUAUGAGAGUUUUUGUUUCAAUUGUUUCAACAGAUUCAAGCCUCUUUUUCUGAGGCAAACAUCUGUGCAUCCUCGAGGCUCCAGGGUGAUGUAUAUGAAGGAGCAAGUGGGCACAUUACCCUGGAUGGUCGAUGAUGUGUUAAUGGCAGGAUGUGCUUCAUUGUAUAUCUGUGAUACUGAAUGCUUUUAUACAUACUUGGGCAUUGGUCUGGUGGGUGCUAAAUCCCUCACGGGGCUUCUUUGUCCCCGACUCUGGAGCUUUGGCUGUUCUCUUUCGUCCUUCGGUCAACUAUAUAUUGAUGGCUUCCGAACGACGUAGAACGCUGUUCGAUGAUAUUUUUUUUCUCUGUGUUUUUGUGUUUUAUGUGUCAUUUUUCAUAUUCAUAGAAGUACAAGAUUGUUGGGGUUGUAUCGCCCAUUCUGGAGUCGUUUGUAUAUUAGAUGUUAUAUUCCAUGUUAUAUUACGUCAAUGUGAAUUCCAUAUUCAACUUUCUAACCUUCGUAAUAUUUAUUAAUGUUUUCACUAUAAUUGUAACUGAUACUUUUCAAUGUUGUAAUCUCAUCGGAACCGAAGGCAACAUAACAUGCAAUACUUUGAGGGCGUAUUUUGAUUUUUGUCCGUGCUAUGUCAUAUCAUCAGAAAAUAUCCAUGUUUUGUUGUACAAUGCAUUCUGUUGUCUGCGUUUGCAUCUUCUUGUUUACCCUUUCAUCAUAACCUUUAACCUGGUCCAAAUAUACCAGUAAAUUGGGGUGUUGUUUGUUUGCUUGAUUAACGCCGCACUUAGCAAUAUUCCAGCUAUAUGACGGCGUCUGUACAUAAUCGAGUCUGGUUCAGACAAUCCAGUGGUUGAUAUCAUGAGCAUCGUUCAUGCAAAUGGGAUACGAUGACAUGAAUCAACCAAGUCACCGAGCCUGACCACCCGAUCCCGUCAGUCGCCUCUUAAAGCAUGGGUUGCCGAAGACCAAUUCUAACCCGGAUCUGCACGGGUUGUAAACAGAGGUGAGCUACAGGGCCUGUUUACUCUGUUACCAUGUGUUAUUUUUAUAUAACUUUUUUAUAAUUGUGCCAUAUCUAAUAAUGUUAAUAAUUCUUUCGCAUUAUUGUUAAUGUUAUUUUUCUAUAUUGCUUUUUUAUAUAUCAAGUGUCUUUUUAUAUGAUGUGUUUGUAUAUGUUUAUGUUCAGACAGUUAAUUGUUGCUGGGUCAUCACAACAAGAAGUGCCUUUAGUUGAACGAUUCCUACCACUGACAAAAACCAGACGCCAUUCAUUAACCAACAUGUUCCAUAAAUCUGGCUGUUUACCGAGUCUCUCCAUCAGACAAACGCCAUCACCAGAUAAACAGGAAUUGAGACAUUGCACAACCGGAAGUUGCUAAGGACAAGUGCCCCUAUUUACAUCCUCUCCUUGGCAUUACGUCACUACAAUAUAUCUGGCCUCAGACCACAAUUAAUUUCCUUCUUUGCUAUCUACAGUGACAUGACAGCCCACCAUAAUUAUUAUCGGUCGUAGGCUGUUCUAUUGCAUGCUGACCAACCUGCCACUUGUCGAUUAAAGUGUCGGCCUGGAUCUUCCAGCUAGCUUUCGCUGUCAACAGUGCCCAUCGGACGUUUUGAGCCGAAACACACAGAGCGACCUUCACCUUGCGGUCAAGUCAUGGGAAGCUGGAAUCAAAACCUUCACAGAUUGUGGCUAACACAAACUUGGCCACAAACUACAAUGUCUAAUCUUUCAUUUAAGCUAUCAUAAGUCACUCAAAAACAUUUGGAACAGGCCGAACAGCCCAUCUAAACAGGGCACUAUAUUCUCUAAUUUUCCUUCCGCGGGUAACUGUGGUCUGAGGCCAUCUAGAGCUACUUCCCUGGUGUAUCCGUGCAGCGUUCGUGAACGUUGAUGUGACAGAAUGUAUUAUGUCUACUUACAGUCUCUAGUGUGUACUAUCUCCUGUACUUGAUGGAUUAAACUCGUUGUUUCUU